AUGUGGUUAAACCUGCCCAAUCACAAUCGGAUCCUGGCUUUGAAGGGAAAAGAAAAAAGUGUUUUUGAGGACUUUAAGAUAAACAUCAUAGGUGAACGGGAUGAUUCACCCGUUCAUUUCUGUGACAAAUGUGAAUUAGCUUUUAAAAUCUAUGGCCGAAUGAUUCCAUGUAAGCAUACUUUUUGCUUUGACUGUGCUAUUUUAUAUGAGGGAGAUAAAAUAUGUCCAGGCUGUGGUAAUCCUGUGCUGUGAAUUGAGGAGCCAUCACGAGAUUCUGUCUUCAUGUGUAGCAUUGUCCAAGGAUGCAAGAGAACAUAUUUGCCUCAAAGAAACUUACAGGCUCACGUCAACCACCGCCAUAAGGGCGCUGGAAAACCUGACUCUCGUGCUCCCCUUGAAAAAGUUUGUCCUCAAGUUGCCUCACCCCCAGUUGGGAUUUCUGGGUUUCUAAUGUUGCCAAACAAGCACCACGUGAGCCUCAUUCCAUCAAAGCAGCGCACCAUGACGCCACACAAGCACUAUAAUCAGCCACGAGAUCGCAGGGACUCCUCACUUCGUUUACAGCCUCCACCAGUGACCUCUGAUAGACCGUCUCCUCCAGGAUCUUCCCGACCUCAAAAUGAUGGCCCACCUGUAAGUACAUUCCCUCUUUACUAUUAUAAUCCCAACUCUUUAACCCAGUUCACAGAAGUCCAAGAACUCAACCCUCCAUUUACAGAAAUGGAGGGAAAGAGUCCUGGUGUAUUGCCUGUGUGGAGAGGACUGCCACCUCCUCCCCCAGUGCAGAGUCCUUCUCAACUCCACUUCCUGGGUCACAUUGUUCCCAUCAGAUGA